AUGCCGGGCGGGCUCACAUCCCGCACUUCCAACCACUAUUACCAGCCACUAGCAGCACCAGCCUGUAAUGUAGGCUCUGACUCCAUCGCGCGCCGCUCGUGCUGGGCGGGGCGACCGCUGCCCGGCCGCCGCCGGCCAGCGGCGCUCCGGGCGGUCAGCCUGUUUGGCUUUGGCAAGCCCAGCACCGAGCAGCCGGCCGCAGCGCAGGCCCCUCCGGACGAGACUGGGCCUGUGCUGGUCCCUUUCACGCCCAUCCAGAAAACCAAGGACUACAGCUUGAGGCUGUUCGAUGCAUACCCAGUGGCAGAGGUUGAGUACUUUCGGCGGGACGAGGGCUUCCUCAUGCUGGGCAGCUACAUGAGCGGCAACAACGCGGAGCAGGCGCGGUGCCGCGAGACGCAGCCCGUCGGAUCGAAAAAGAUGCAGGUGCACAUCGUGCUGCGCGGCGGCGGCGGCGGCGCAGACAGCGCCCUGCCUCCCGCGCCAUCCAACCCUGACGUCGUCCUGGGCGUGGCCGGCGGGGAGGUGGUGGCGGCGCGGCAGUUUGAGGGCAACGCCACGCAGGAGGCGUGUGAGCGAUGCCGCGGGCAGCUGGUGGCGGCGCUGGAGCGAGAUGGGCUGCGGCUGGGGGAGGCGGAGGCGGGGGGGUACUUCCGGCUGGCGCAGUACGGCCCGCUGCACUCGCUCAGCACCCGCAUGAACGAGAUCUGGCUGGGCGUGAGGCUAAAGUGA